GCUGCAUUAGAAAAUACAGUUAUUUUUUAUUUCUCUUAUUUUACAGAACGAUACCUUUGCUGAUUUUGAUUCCAUGACAGAUCGCCUUUUAGAUGAAAUUAUACAGUAUAUACAAAUUUAUAAUCUUACCCUUUCAAAAAUCAGUUUUAUUGGACACUCACUGGGUAACUUAAUAAUCCGUUCAGUGCUCACAAGACCUCGAUUUAAAUAUUACCUCAACAAGCUUCAUACCUUCCUGUCUCUGUCUGGACCACAUCUUGGUACCCUCUACAACAGCAGUGCUCUUGUUAAUACAGGACUGUGGUUUAUGCAGAAGUGGAAGAAGUCUGGUUCUUUAUUGCAAUUGACGUGUCGAGACCAUUCAGAUCCACGACAAACAUUCUUGUACAAACUCAGUAAAAAAGCAGGUCUUCAUUACUUCAAAAACAUUGUGUUAGUAGGCUCUCUGCAGGAUCGGUAUGUUCCUUAUCACUCUGCUCGGAUUGAGAUGUGUAAAACAGCUUUAAAGGAUAAACAAUCAGGACCAAUUUAUGCUGAAAUGAUCCAGAACCUGCUUCUGCCAGUUCUUCAAAAUAAGGACUGUAAUUUGGUUCGUUAUAAUGUAAUUAAUGCAUUACCCAAUACAGCAGAUUCUCUCAUAGGGAGAGCUGCACAUAUUGCUGUUCUUGAUUCAGAAAUAUUUUUAGAAAAAUUCUUUCUUGUUGCUGCCCUAAAAUACUUUCAGUAGAGAAAAGCAUUGUAAGAGACUUGGUUAUUACCUCAUUAACAGAUGAAUCAAAUAGUGUGUGGUAUUAAAGUAUAGCUGCAGCUGUAUUUUAAGAUAUAUUUAUACUUUUUAUAUGGAAGAUAAUUUAUAUCAUCCACACUUAGGGCUUUUUAACAUCAACUUUACUUUCUAGGUAAUGUGGCUGUGCAAUAUUUUUUUAUUUUGUUCUUUUUACUUUUCUAUUACUUAAUUUUGGGUACCUAAUUAUUUGGAGAUAAAGCACAGUGUGUACUUUUGGUUGGUUUAUUAUUGGCUCUUAGACUACAGAAGUCACUGCAACUUGGCUACGUUUUACAAGAGGCUUUAGAUGCCAAAAUAAAUUGGAUUUUAAAAUUC